AUGGUCCCGCGCCAGGACAACCAUGCCCGUCCACCACCCGCCCCUCGUCUCUGGUCGCGCCUGUCCAACUUCUCCAAGAAGUCCUUCAUCUCCUUCUCCUCGUCCUUCGAAGCUGACGACGAGCGCUCCGAAUCCGAGGAGGACGACGACGACUACGACUACCACCAUCGCCAGCUUUUGUUUCCCGCCAUGUCCGGCCGCAACGGGGACCGCCGUUAUGGGCGUGAUGACGGAUCGUCGCCGGGCCGCUACAGUGGUGAGGACACGAGGCCGACCUCGCAGAAGGAGCUCGCCGGAUGGUAUGCCUACGCCUUUGCUGCCGAGACCUAUGUCAUCUGUGCUAUUGGCUCUUUCAUUCCCAUCCUCUUAGAAACCCUCGCUCGCGAAAAUGGCGUUCUGCUCUCCGACCGAACCACCCCCUGCGGCACCAGCGAUUCGAAGAACAAGGCUGACGGCCAAUGCGUCGUCUACGUCCUCGGCGCCGAGGUCAACACGGCCAGCUUCGCCAUGUACACCUUCUCCAUUAGCGUCCUCGUCCAGGCCCUGCUCGUCGUCAGCAUCAGCUGCGCCGCUGAUCACGGCAACUUUCGCAAGAAGCUGCUCCUCGGCUUCGCAUGGACCGGCAGCGUUGCCGUCAUGAUGUACAUCUUCGUCAGCGCCAACACCUACCUCUUUGGCGCCCUCCUCGCCAUCGUCUCCAACACAUCCUUUGGCGCAUCGUUUGUGCUGCUCAACUCGUUCCUGCCGCUCUUGGUGCGCCAUCACCCCGACGUCAUCGAGGCCGAGAACAAGCAUGUUCCCGACUUUGCCCAGACGGACCUCGAGUCUCAUACCAUGAGGGGGGCCGGCGCCGAUUUGGGCGCGGCACCUGCGGACCCCGAUGCGACGUCACCGCUGCUCUCGAACGCCGAGGACAUGGUCACGCCCGACUGGCCGCGCAGAGCAACACGCGAGGAGCUGACGUCGGUGGAGUUGAACCUGUCGACACAAAUCUCGGCCAAGGGCAUCGGUAUCGGCUACACGGCGGGUCUGUUCUUUCAGUGCGUUGCCAUUGGCGUGCUCAUUGCCAUGCGCAACACGACGUGUCGCAACGGGUUGUCUUCUUCAUGGUCGACCUGGGGCGUCGGCGGCCUGCAGCAGCCGUGGGAGAUGUAUCCCCUCGCGGCGGUCUACGGCUUCGUCCUCGGCGGUCUCAGCGGGUACUGCCGCUCGGUGUACGGCGAGCUCAUCCCGCCGGGCUCGGAAGCGGCAUUCUACGCGCUGUACGCCAUCACGGACAAGGGCUCGAGCGUGUUUGGCCCAGCGAUUGUCGGCGCCAUCAUUGACCGGUGGGGGCACAUCCGGCCGGCGUUCUGGUUCCUGGCGGCGCUCGUAGGACUGCCGGCGCCUCUCAUCUGGUUUGUGAACGUUGAUCGUGGCAAGCGCGAGGGCGAGAAGCUGGCCGAGACGAUCGACAGCUUCAAGGUGCGGCAGGCGUCGGAGGAUGCGGGCACAGACACUGACAGCGGCAGCGAGGACCGGCCCAUCCUCAGCGCGUACGAUGACGACGACGACGACUACGAGGAGAACGACAGGCGCCACUGA